AUGAAAGCAUUAGCAAGACUUGUUCUGGGACUUGUCAUCUUUGAUGCUGCUGUGACUGCUCCAACGUUAGAGCCCAUCAACUAUGACUCAGAAACUUAUGACGCCACCUUGGAAGACCUGGAUGAUUUAUACAACUAUGAAAACAUACCUAUUGGCCAAGCUGAGAUUGAAAUAGCAACAAUGAUGCCUUCAGGGAACAGAGAGCUCCUCACCCCGCCCCCACAGCCAGAGGAGGCUGAAGAGGAAGAGGAGGAGGAGUCCACCCCCAGGCUGAUUGACGGUUUUUCCCCACAGGAACCUGAAUUCACCAGGGUUCUGGGUCCACACACCAGUGAAGAUUUUCCAACCUGCCUUCUGUGUACCUGUAUAAGUACCACUGUAUACUGUGAUGACCAUGAACUUGAUGCUAUUCCUCCACUGCCCAAGAACACUGCUUAUUUCUAUUCCCGCUUUAACAGAAUUAAAAAGAUCAACAGAAAUGACUUUGCAAGCCUAAAUGAUUUAAGGAAGAUUGAUUUGACAUCAAAUUUAAUAUCUGAAAUUGAUGAAGAUGCAUUCAAAAAGCUGCCUGAACUCAGAGAGCUUAUCCUACGUGACAACAAAAUAAGGCAACUUCCAGAUUUGCCAACCAGUCUGACCUUCAUUGAUGUUAGCAACAAUAGACUGGGAAGAAAAGGGAUAAAGCAAGAAGCAUUUAAAGAUAUGUAUGAUCUCCAUCACCUCUACCUCACAGAUAACAACUUGGAUCACAUCCCUCUGCCACUCCCAGAAAACCUACGGGCCCUUCAUCUCCAGAAUAACAACAUUCUGGAGAUGCAUGAAGAUACAUUCUGUGAUGUUAAAAAUUUGACUUAUAUUCGGAAGGCACUAGAAGAUAUCCGAUUGGACGGAAACCCUAUCAAUCUCAGCAAAACUCCUCAAGCUUACAUAUGCCUACCUCGUUUGCCUAUUGGGAGUCUUGUCUAA